AAAAAAAAGAAGUACCAGAUAUUUGGUGCCGACAUAAGAAAAAAAAAGAGAGCCAAAGUACACAAGUUACAAUCCCACACUCACUGUGUCCUUAAACACAAUCCUCGAGAUUCUAUUCCUUGCUUGCAUCAUUUUCUUCUUCCGUGUAUUUUGGAGUUUCGUUCGAGGACAGAUCUUGAUUUGACUCAGCUCAACUUGAGCGAAGAAGAAGAAGAAACAAAUGGCUUUGCGUUUAGGUGUUUCUAUAGGGGCAGCUUUGGGUUCCUCUCAUUGGGACGACGGACAACGAGUACGACAACGUGACUUCUCCGCUUCUGUGAAUUUCACCGCACCGGUUACGAGCCGGAGGAGCUUAAGGGGUAGUAGAACCGGUGUGAGGAUUCUUAGGGUUUCAAAUGAAGGACGCGAAUCGUACCUCGAUAUGUGGAAGAACGCUGUUGAUCGCGAGAAGAAAGAGAAGGCCUUUGAAAAAAUUGCAGAGAAUGUUGUAGCUGUUGAUGGUGAGAAGGAGAAAGGAGGAGACUUGGAGAAGAAGAGCGAUGAGUUUCAGAAGAUCCUCGAGGUUUCCGUUGAGGAAAGAGAUCGGAUUCAGCGAAUGCAGGUCGUUGAUCGUGCCGCUGCCGCAAUCUCCGCAGCUAGAGCUAUUCUCGCCUCUAACAAUUCCGGCGACGGCAAAGAAGGAUUCCCAAAUGAAGACAACACUGUCACAAGUGAAGUCACAGAGACACCGAAAAAUGCUAAACUUGGAAUGUGGAGCAGAACAGUGUAUGUGCCACGGUCAGAAACUUCAGGGACUGAGACACCAGGACCAGAUUUUUGGUCAUGGACACCUCCUCAAGGUAGUGAAAUUAGUUCUGUGGACUUGCAGGCUGUGGAAAAGCCUGCUGAGUUUCCAACUUUGCCAAAUCCUGUAUUGGAGAAAGAUAAAUCAGCGGAUUCUCUUUCGAUACCAUAUGAGAGUAUGCUUUCUUCUGAAAGACAUAGCUUUACUAUCCCGCCUUUUGAGUCUUUGAUUGAGGUUCGAAAAGAGGCUGAGACGAAGCCUAGCUCCGAGACUUUAUCGACAGAACAUGACCUUGAUCUCAUAUCUUCAGCAAACGCGGAAGAAGUAGCUCGUGUUCUUGAUAGUUUGGAUGAAUCUUCAACGCAUGGAGUUAGCGAAGAUGGAUUGAAGUGGUGGAAGCAAACGGGUGUGGAGAAAAGACCUGAUGGUGUGGUUUGCAGGUGGACAAUGAUACGUGGGGUUACUGCUGAUGGUGUUGUUGAGUGGCAAGAUAAGUAUUGGGAGGCUUCUGAUGAUUUUGGGUUCAAGGAACUUGGUUCUGAGAAAUCAGGACGUGAUGCCACUGGAAACGUGUGGCGUGAGUUCUGGAGAGAGUCAAUGAGCCAGGAGAAUGGUGUUGUGCAUAUGGAGAAAACUGCAGACAAAUGGGGAAAGAGUGGACAAGGUGAUGAAUGGCAAGAGAAAUGGUGGGAGCAUUACGAUGCUACCGGAAAAUCAGAAAAAUGGGCUCAUAAGUGGUGCAGCAUUGACCGCAACACGCCUCUUGACGCUGGCCACGCUCAUGUCUGGCACGAGAGGUGGGGAGAGAAGUAUGACGGGCAAGGCGGAAGCACAAAGUACACAGACAAGUGGGCGGAACGGUGGGUAGGUGACGGUUGGGACAAAUGGGGAGACAAAUGGGACGAGAACUUUAACCCGAGCGCUCAAGGAGUGAAACAAGGUGAGACUUGGUGGGAAGGGAAGCACGGCGACAGAUGGAACCGAAGCUGGGGAGAAGGUCACAACGGAUCAGGAUGGGUUCACAAAUACGGAAAAAGCAGCAGCGGUGAACACUGGGACACACAUGUACCACAAGAAACUUGGUAUGAGAAGUUCCCUCACUUUGGCUUCUUCCACUGUUUUGACAACUCUGUUCAGCUCCGAGCCGUUAAGAAGCCUUCUGAUAUGUCCUAGAUAUAUCAAAUACUAAGCAUAAAAUAUAUAAAUAAGCUGGGACAAUCAAAGAAUUGGCCUACAAUAUUAGAGUAGUUUGAUCAAGUGCAAUGUAUGUAAUAUUUAUUAUGACUUCUAAUUUGUUCUAUGCUUUGGUGUUUCUUAAUGAGUAUGGCCAAAGUUUAUUUGGUAGUUACUAAUAUAACACAAAUCUGAUUAGAAAACUGGAACACAUUCCAUUCCAGGAGCAUAAAGUUAUAUGAAC